CGUUUGCGCACCAAUCUGGAUGCGAGUACAAGCGAGGUUUUGGCAUUUAAAAGGUUGCUCAGAAAUAUAAACCGAAUAGUUGUUAUAUAUAAUAUUGGAAUAUUUUACUCCAUUUUAAUACAUCACGAUGUUUAAAAAUUGGACUUUAUUAAUUUGUUUUUUAUGGUGCGAAUCGUUGAUUAUCGCAAUACCGCUAAAAAAUAACGAAAAUACAGACAAUUCCCUCGAUAAAGAAAAAGGUUCUCAAGAAGAUAUUAUGUUCGGCAAUCAACAAAAUAAGCCCGCAGGGAUGGUAGAUGACAGCCUUUCUUUUCCAGAAAUGACUGAAGAUAACUCAUCUGCAUCUGACGGAGAUAAAUCGAGUCAGAAUACAGAUAAGCAAAUGGAUAAAGAAGAAGAAAACGCAGAGGAGUUAGGAAGAAGAAACUUUCCCAUUCCGGCGAACUCUCUUAUCGAUUAUUAUCCUGUUUAUGAAAAUGAUGAAACGAUAUUCAGAAAAAAACGCAGGUCUGUCCCGGUGGAAAUCAGAAACAAAAUCGAGGACCUGUUGAAUGAAAGACAACAUCAACGCUUAAGAAUCAAAAGACAAUCAGAUAUUCUCAAUUGGUUAAGAAACUUAGAAUCUGAUGAUAAUCCACGUUAUUUUCAAACUGAUGACGAAGGCAGCCUAAAUGAGGAUGAUUCUAUUCCGCUUCGUUAUUACGUGAUGGAAGAAAAUGAACAGCCAUAUGCAGAAGCAGAUUCUUUAGACGAUUUUCUUACAUUAAAUAAAUAUCCCAAACACUUAUUCGCCUCUUCAAAGAAAGAACCUCCAUUAGAGUACAAUCUUAACAAUAUUUUAUUACCAAUGAAAGAUAUUAUGUGGAUGAAACAAAAUGGCGCAAAAAUAGCUCCAUCUCUAUAUCGAAGACGUCCUCUCACCGUAAAUGACGAUGCCUCUCCCGAGUAUGAUGAUUACAGUAUUUACGACUUUUUAAAUCAACACGAAAGAGAUAUUCCUAGAGAUCUAUAAAAAACUCCACUUUUACUCAAGAAAUGCUUAAAAAUUGCUGUGAAUCCCACCAAUUGAAUUAUGUUUAUUUUUAAUUUAUAUAUAACUUAAUUAUUUAUCACAAAUUCCAUCUUCCUACUUAAAAACUCCUCAUAUCAAUAUUUAUAAAAGAAAAUAAAUAUACAAAUAUUUACACAAAUGCUUUAUUGAUUUUUAUUUUAUGAAAGAUUUUAAUUUUUUAUAUAUAUUACCAUUGCUAUAUUAUAUAUAUGUAAAGUAUUAUUGUUGUUUUAACCAUGACCAAAUAUUGUUACUCCUAUAAAAUUUGAUGUUUCCUAUAUUAUGAUAAUCGA